UGCAGACAGUUGACAGCCUGUCAAACGAAAAGCUGUCACCAAUUAUGUCACUACAAUGAGGCAUAUCCUAAACCAAGUUUAUAUCGCAGCAAUUAUGUCAAUUUUGAAUAUCUUUAGGCCUAUUUUGUAGUUUUUAUAUUUCCAAAAUCUGCUUCAGUGAAAGCAAAUCCUCGCCUGCAGCACCCAGAAGUGAACAGUAGGCGACCCGGAAGGUCUGAACUCCAACUGAAGACAAGCAAAAGGAACAUCUUAUUAUUAUAUAAAAUAUCAUUAAAUCUACCAUCGAGGUGUCAGGAUGGCUGAACCUCGUUUCAAUAAUCCCUACUUCUGGCCCCCACCACCCAACAUGCCUGGCCAGCUGGAUAACCUUGUGUUGAUCAACAAGAUCAAGGAACAGCUGAUGGCUGAGAAGAUCAGACCGCCCCACCUGCAGUCUCCCACAGUUCCCUCCCAACAGCAACUGCUGGGGAAUCCUACACAGACAGAAGGUGGGCAGCAUGUCCAGAUGUCAGUUGAGAAACUGCAGCAGAUGCAACAAGAACUCCAUGCCCACAGCCCGUCCCAUCCAGACAUUGCCCUGCACGCCCGGCCAGCCUCCAGCUCUGUUGCAGGACGUAUUCUUGGUGAUGUAAACUUUAAUCUGGAUGAUAAAACAGCUAUAAAAGCUAGAGGAUUGUGGGAAGACUGGCAUUUGCGUCAAAUCAUAGACCAACCCUCUAGAACGAACCACCUGUCAGGUCUGCCACUUUCCUCUCGAAUGGGCAACCAUAACACCUCAGAGGCCGUCACUCUGACUACACCCAACUCCAAUAGUCUGAGCCGACUCGGCGGAGCCCCCUCACCACAUCAUGUCCUCUCAGGCUUGGCCAGUGGCCCUGGGAUGGAACAAAUCAAAAGUAACGGAGGCCUUGCUGGACUGCUGGGGCCCCCUCCCAAGAUGGAAGGGCGAGGCCGUAAGAAGAUAAAAGCUGAGAACGGUGGUGGCUCUCUGUUGGUGGUGCCUUACCCCAUCCUAGCCUCAGGCAACGACCAAUCCUGCCACACCAUCACCCCCAAACAGGGCAAAUGCUACAGGUGUAAAUCGUGCCCGCUGACCUUCUUCUCCAAGUCAGACAUGCAGAUCCACUCCAAGUCCCACACAGAGGCCAAGCCUCACAAGUGUCCUCACUGCUCCAAAUCCUUCGCCAACGCAUCCUACCUGGCCCAGCACCUCCGCAUACACCUGGGCGUCAAACCUUAUCACUGCUCCUACUGCGAGAAAUGCUUCCGCCAGCUCUCCCACCUGCAGCAGCACACCAGGAUUCACACUGGAGAUCGGCCCUAUAAAUGUGCCCAUCCAGGUUGUGAAAAAGCCUUCACUCAGCUCUCCAAUCUGCAGUCUCAUCAGAGACAGCACAACAAAGACAAGCCCUACAAGUGUCCGAACUGUUACCGUGCCUACUCGGACUCUGCCUCACUGCAGAUCCACUUGUCUGCGCAUGCCAUCAAAAAUGCCAAGGCCUACUGCUGCAGCAUGUGUGGCAGAGCCUACACCUCAGAGACCUACCUUAUGAAGCACAUGUCCAAACACACGGUGGUGGAACACCUGGUGAGCCAUCACUCUCCACAGAGGACAGAGUCUCCCAGUGUCCCCAUACGGAUCUCCCUCAUCUGAGCACUUCGCCCUGACACCCUACCCUGAUACCCUACCACUGACACCCUACCCCUGACACCCUACCCCUGACACCCUACCCUGACACCCUACCCUGACACCCUACCCUGACACCCUACCACUGACACCCUACCCCUGACACCCUACCCCUGACACCCUACCCUGACACCCUACCCUGACACCCUACCCUGACACCCUACCACUGACACCCUACCCCUGACACCCUACCCCUGACACCCUACCCCUGACACCCUACCCUGACACCCUACCCUGACACCCUACCACUGACACCCUACCACUGACACCCUACCCCUGACACCCUACCCCUGACACCCUACCCCUGACACCCUACCCCUGACACCCUACCCUGACACCCUACCCUGACACCCUACCCUGACACCCUACCACUGACACCCUACCACUGACACCCUACCACUGACACCCUACCCCUGACACCCUACCCCUGACACCCUACCCCUGACACCCUACCCCUGACACCCUACCCCUGACACCCUACCCUGACACCCUACCCUGACACCCUACCCUGACACCCUACCCUGACACCCCUGUAAGGUCACACCCCUCCACUUAAGCGUAAUCAAUCCCAGAUAUUGGCUUUUAUUUGUUUGUUUGUAUACCCCAUGUGGGUUUAAAAAAUGGGUCAAACUGUAUUUGUACCUUAUCAAGAGGUAGACUUUUUUUCCUGUCAUCUAUAUGGUGUGAUUGGGUAAUGUUUGGGACAUCCAAAGAUGAUUUUACAGCACUUUCAGGCCUCAUAGUAUUGGCCCAAAAAGUUUUUAGUCUACAAGACAAUAAAAGGCAUUGCUCCAGGCAGCUAAAAAGUUAACCAUAGGUGUUAUAAUGCAUUAAAGGACCACUCCUAUGUUUUUCUAUAUUGUCCUUUUCUCUCUUUACGCUUUGCUAAAGUAUAUUUACAUUGGGAACUUUACCUUCCUUUUGGUUAGGUCAACUAAAUCAUGUAUCCAAGCUUUUUUUUUUGCUACGCCUAAUGUCAAUGUUUGCAUCACUUUUGUUACUUAAAAAGGAAUUGUUCUCAUGUAAGCUUUAUAACGCUUAAGUAUGUCUUUUAGACAACAAUGCACACAAAAGGCUUUCAAAAUGGAGGGCCAAUACCUAUGUUUUAUUGUUGUAGUUUUCAUCUUGUUAAUAUUAUUGUCCACGGUAUUAAAAAGGACACUGCUUAUGGCAAUCCUGAAAAGCACCAAAAUAUAUUUUGAAUCUGAUGUUGGUAUUUGUAGAAACUCAGCAUGUAAGAGUAAAAAUAUUUUGGUGACGUAUUGAAGAAAUGUAGCACAAAGAAUUGUCCAUAAUGAAACUGACAUAUUUGUUGGUUCAAGCCAUUCCAGUACCUGACAGAUUUUCAACAAGAUUUGAAUGGAGGCAGACAACUCAUUUCAAAUCGAAAUGUAUGAAAUAUCUUAACACACAUUCCAUUAUAUGUAACAUUUCAAUGUGACUCGAUUGAACCCUCUACCAUGUGUCAUGCUGUGGUCAAUUGCAUGCAUGAGCUCUGCCUGUGUGCUACAAAGAUUUGUUUGCUGACGUUGAUGAGGAAGGGGUCUCCUCAUAUUUCCUUUUAUCUUGCCUAUGAAAUAGGAAUGGAAAGUACAAAUACGAGAAUCCACAGGUUUGAAACCAAAUGAAUGUAAUCCUUCUUAAUUUGUAUAUUUUCCCCAUGUCUGCCAGUGAUGGAUAUGGUGUGCUGUCUGGUAGAAAAUGGCAGAGCACAUUACAAAAUGUGAUACCUCCUGGCCUUUCCUUGGUUAACACCUGUGAAGCUCUUUGCGAAGAACAACAUGUGCUGCCUCCUCACUGUCUCCUUUUCUAUUGAGUGAUUAUUUGUACAUAUAUUCUGCAUCUAUGUCCUGCAGGUUAUUUUAUGCCCUUUAAUGUUUAAAUUGAAAAUUAGUAAAUUCCUGUUUUGGGUGUCCCAUGAAAUAUGUAUAGAUAUCUUUAUGUACAAAAAGACCUCCUUGUGUCUUGUAAUCAUUUUGCUCUCAUGUCUAAAUAUGAAUGAUUAACAUUUUGUUAAUUUUAUACGCAUUUAAGCCUUAACUUGUAUCAUUGUAUUACAUUUUAUUUGUCCCAUAUUGAUGCCUCUCUGUACCCAGUGUUUUAUGCAUUUUAUUUCAUAGCAUGGAAUAUACUGUAAAUAAACUAUAUUAACUGUUAAUCCCUUUUCUAUAGUAAAUGAUUAUAUAGGUCUAGCUAUUAUUACAAAAAUCAUUGUUUCAUUUGUCAUGCAUUGUGGUACCAUGUCCACAUUACACGCAGUCAAGACUUAGAGUGAAUUGACUUUGUGUAAGAAUGAGCAAAGAAUAAAACUAUUCAAAUGUU